CUGAAGACUAUUUUCUCCAAAUGGACGACAAGGAAACUGAGAGAGCCGAAGUGUCGUUAGAGCCACCCAAAAUCCAACGCCUAGAAGAGUCCGUAGUCAACCGCAUUGCUGCCGGUGAGGUUAUCCAACGCCCUGUCUCCGCCGUUAAAGAGCUCGUUGAGAACUCUCUCGACGCCAACUCCACUUCCAUAAACGUCGUCGUCAAGGACGGUGGCCUCAAGCUCAUUCAAGUCUCUGAUGACGGCCACGGCAUUCGUUAUGAGGACUUGGCGAUACUUUGUGAGAGGCACACUACUUCUAAGUUGUCGAAGUAUGAGGACUUGCAGUCGAUUAAAUCCAUGGGAUUUAGAGGAGAGGCUUUGGCCAGCAUGACUUAUGUUGGUCACGUGACGGUCACGACCAUCACCAAAGGACAGUUGCAUGGUUAUAGGGUAUCUUACAGAGAUGGUUUGAUGGAGCAAGAACCAAAGCCGUGUGCUGCUGUAAAAGGAACGCAGAUAAUGGUGGAGAAUUUGUUUUACAACAUGAUUGCUCGAAAGAAGACAUUGCAAAACUCUUCUGAUGAUUAUACGAAAAUUGUUGAUUUGUUAAGCCGGUUAGCCAUUCAUCACAUAAAUGUGGGCUUCUCUUGUAGAAAGCAUGGAGCUGCAAGAGCAGAUGUUCACUCAGUUACUACAUCAUCAAGGCUUGAUUCUAUUAGAACUGUUUAUGGGGUAUCGGUUGCUCGCAGUCUGAUGAAUAUAGAAGCUUCAGACAAUGAUCCCUCAACUUCGGUUUUCAAAAUGGAUGGUUUCAUAUCUGAUUCAAAUUAUGUGGCAAAGAAAGCAACAAUGGUGCUUUUUAUUAAUGAUAGGUUGGUUGAGUGUUCUGCUUUGAAGAGAGCUAUUGAAAUUGUUUAUACUGCAACCUUGCCUAAAGCUUCGAAACCCUUCAUCUACAUGUCAAUUGUAUUACCAUCUGAGCAUGUUGAUGUGAAUGUGCACCCGACAAAGAGAGAGGUAAGCCUUUUGAAUCAGGAAAUCAUUGUUGAGAAGAUACAGUCAGCUGUUGAAUUGAAACUGAGACAGUCAAAUGAGUCAGUGACAUAUCAAGAACAGACUGUGGCAUCCUCUCCUUCUAGCUCCUUGGGUACAAGCAAAGAGUUGCAGCCUAAACUCCUUUCCCCUGGGUCACAAUCGCAAAAGGUUCCAGUGCAUAAGAUGGUAAGAACAGAUUCAUCGGAUCCAGCUGGAAGGUUGCAUGCCUACCUCCAAACCAAGCCUCAUAAACAUCUUGCAGAGAAUUCUAGUUUAACUGCUGUCAGGUCUUCUGUUAGGCAAAGAAGGAACCCAAAUGAAACUGCAGAUCUUACCAGUAUUCAGGAACUUAUUGAUGAUAUAGAUUGCAACUGUCAUUCUGGUCUACAGGAAAUUGUGAGGCAGUGCACAUAUAUAGGAAUGGCAGAUGAUGUUUUUGCGUUGCUUCAGCAUAAAACUCAUCUUUAUCUUGCAAAUGUAGUAAACCUAAGCAAAGAACUCAUGUAUCAGCAAGUUCUGCAACGGUUUGCCCAUUUCAAUGCUAUACAACUAAGUGACCCAGCACCUUUGCCGGAGUUGAUUGUGUUGGCUCUCAAAGAAGAGGACUUGGAUCCAGAAAGCAGUGAGAAUGAUGACCUAAAAGAAAAGAUUGCUGAAAUGAAUACAGAACUGCUCAAGCAAAAAGCUGAAAUGCUGGAGGAGUAUUUCUGCAUUAAAAUUGACACACAUGGCAACUUAUCUAGGCUUCCUGUUAUACUAGACCAGUACACCCCUGACAUGGAUCACGUUCCUGAAUUUGUACUUUGUUUGGGCAAUGAUGUUGACUGGGAGGAGGAAAAAAGUUGUUUUCAGUCAAUUGCAGCUGCCCUUGGUAACUUCUAUGCACUGCAUCCUCCUCUGAUGCCCAACCCAUCAGGUGAAGGUUUGGUAAAUUACAAAAAGAGAAAAGCUUUUACAAAUACUGAAAAUGAAGGAGAGCCCUCAAACAGUACUGGUGAUGAUGUUGAAAUGGAGGAUGAAAUCGACCAUGAACUAGUUUCAGAGGCGGAGGCUGCUUGGGCUCAGCGUGAGUGGUCAAUUCAGCAUGUCUUAUUUCCAGCUAUGAGACUCUUUCUCAAACCACCAACUUCCAUGGCUACGAAUGGAACAUUUGUUCAGGUAGCAACAUUGGAGAAGCUCUACAAGAUUUUUGAGAGAUGCUAACUGAUAUAUAGUUACACUGAGACUUCAAGAUGGAUUGGAAAUCGAGAGAUAUUGUUGAAGUUCCCCCAGGUUUUGUAUAGUCUAAAUUCAUAACACAGUUCAACUUGUUUAUGAAUUUAGUCAUUUAACCCGUUUAUGACAUGUUUUAACCUAUUUGUACUUGUUAAUGAGACGCUUAACCAUUUAAAACGCUACAUGUUGAACUCAUUUAAUGCUUGGAUGCCCACAUUUAAGAAUUUUCUAGUGAUGAUAUAUUUGAUUUUUUUAU